AUGUCCUUGCGGUUGGUCUCUUCGGCAGGUCGACUGCUCAGAAAUUCAUCUGUGCGCCCACUGGUCGCAGGAGGGGCGCAGCUGAGCCGUGGCCUUCAUUUCUCUCAGUCCUCCAAAGCCUCUGCGUCCCCGUUCACCGAGCAGACGUCGCCCAACCCCACUAUUACCAAGUAUGCAGAAACCACAGAAGCUUUGCAUACCUAUGGCUCGUACCUCAUCCAGUGCCUCCCAAAGUACAUCCAGCAGUUCUCCGUACUCAAGGAUGAAUUGACUCUGUAUAUCUGCCCCUCUGGUGUCAUCCCGGUCCUCACCUUCCUCCGGGAUCACUCUCAAUGUCAAUUCAAGAGCUGUAUGGAUAUCAGCGGUGUUGACUUCCCCGAAAGGAGCAAGCGGUUUGAGGUCGUUUAUAAUCUGCUGAGCGUUCAGUUGGGCGGCAGAAUCAGAGUCAAGACGUAUGCGGGUGAGACGGACGCGGUCCCCAGUGCAUUGCCAGUUUACAAGGGCGCGGACUGGUACGAGAGAGAAGUUUGGGAUCUAUUUGGCGUAUUCUUCCGGGACCAUCCUGAUCUACGGCGAAUUCUUACUGAUUAUGGAUUUGAGGGACAUCCUCUCCGGAAGGAUUUCCCGUUGACCGGUUACACUGAGCUUCGCUAUGACGAAGAGCAAAAGCGCGUCGUUUACGAGCCACUGCAACUCACGCAAGCCUUCCGAAACUUUGAUUCGUUGUCGCCGUGGGAGCAAGUGGGACAAGGGACAACUCCCAAGAGACCAGAGGACCUCAAGCCCGUGCCGCCUCCGAAGCCCGAAGAGUCGAAGUAG